AUGGCACCCAAGAAAGCAGCGGAAGCUGGGAAGAGGAAGAAGGUGAUGAUUCUGCUUGAGGACAAGAAGGAAAUCAUCAGGAAGCAUGAAGGAGGAAUGCGGUUGACCGACCUUGCCAAAGAGUAUGGAAGGAGUGCAUCCACAAUCGGUACAAUCCUAAAUAUGAAAGAGAAGAUUACUGGGAGAGAUGCAGCCAAGGGAGUCACCAGGGUCUCCAAGCAACGCCCACCUGUUCUGGACGAGGUCGAGAAGUUGCUCCUGCUCUGGAUUGAACAGAAGCAUCGUGCAGGGGACUCAGUGACCAAGGCGAUCAUCUGCGAAAAAGCCAAGGCCUUGCACGCUGACCUCCUCAAACAACAGCCAGGAACGUCAGCAGAUGCAGAAGGCUUCAAGGCCAGCAGGGGGUGGUUCGAAAGGUUCAAGAACAGAUCUGGCAUCCACAGUGUGGUCAGGCAUGGAGAGGCUGCAAGUUCCGAUGUUGCUGCAGCUGAAGAAUUUGCUACGGAGUUCCUGGAGGUCAUAGUUUCAGAGGGCUACCUUCCUCAGCAGGUCUUCAACUGCGACGAGACUGGACUCUUCUGGAAGAGGAUGCCAAAGCGUACCUUCAUCACAGAGGAGACCUCAUUGCCUGGCCACAAGCCGAUGAAGGACUGUCUUACCCUCCUGUUCUGCGCCAACGCCAGUGGGGACCUUAAGAUCAAGCCUCUGCUUGUCUACCAUUCAGAGAACCCACGGGCCUUCAAGAAACACAAGGUGAACAAGGAGCAGUUGAGCGUUUUGUGGCAGUCUAACGCAAAGGCUUGGGUCACACGCCUCUUGUUUGUGAAGUGGGUCAAUGCGGUUUUUGGUCCUGCUGUGAAGAAGUACCUUCUGGACAAUAACCUGCCACUCAAGGCCAUGCUGCUCAUGGACAAUGCUCCUGCCCAUCCUCCAGGCCUCGAGGAAGACUUGCUGGAGGACUUUAAUUUCAUCAAGGUCAUGUUCCUUCCGCCUAACACCACCCCACUACUCCAGCCAAUGGACCAUGCUUCUGCAACUGCACCAGAGUCAACAGUCUUGGAGGAAAUUGUUUCCUUGGGGAGGACCAUGGGCCUGGAGGUGACUGAGGAGGAUGUCUACGAGCUGGUGGAGGAACACAACCGUGACCUAACCACCGAGGAGCUGGUGGAAUUGCAGAAGGAGUCGAUGGAGGAGCAGAUCGCAUUUGAGGAGGAGGAGGAAAUGAGUGAGGAACAGCUCUCUUUCACGGAACUCAAGGAGGCAUGCCAAAUGUGGGUAAACCUACAGACUUUUGUACAGCAGCACCACCCAGAUAAGGCUCUAGCCCACAGACUUGUGAGCAGUUUUGACACAGACAUCAUGUCCCCUUUCCGAGGGAUGCUUAAAAGGCGCCAGAGGCAGCAGACAAUGGAAAGGUUCCUACAAAAACAGCCUAGACAUGAAGAAGAACCGGCUUGUGUUAGUGCUGCCCAAUUGCCCUCGUCCUCCUCAUCUUCCAAACAGUGUUGA